AUGCCUCGCAGCAGCUUCUCCGAGAACCCACUGUUGCGUGUCUCCCGGCCCUGCGAUGGCAAGCUUCCGGCCUGUACGGCCUGUGAGAAGGCCGGCCGCGAGAGCGAGUGCUCUGCGGCCAAUGACCAGUUCGCCCGUGGCAAGGAACGGAGUUAUGUCUCGGCCCUCGAGCUCCGGAUUGAGAAGCUGGAGAAACGCUUGUCGUAUGCAAAGUCGAGGAAGGCAUCGGUAGCCAUGCAUCAGAAUGAGACUCCCGUUGUACCAGACACCGACCGCAAAGACUCUUUGGCUACCAUCCGGGCUGCCAUCUACCGGAAGGCGGCAAGGAAACGAGAGAACUCAGAUGUCAACUCCCUUGUCUCUGAUUUUGGCUUCCUAUCCGUGAAUGCAACCACAAGGGACUUCGAGCCGUCAGUGAGCAACAUGACUUUUGCUCGACUCGUGCUCGCAGCGGCCACGAAUGACCCAGUACCGGAACCAAAGAGCACCAAGCUGCCGCCUCGCCAGACAGCUCAGGCUAUUGUACAGUACUACCUCAACAACAUAUACUCGCUGUUUCCCUUCUUCGACGAGACUAUUCUUCUCUCUCGCUUGGAGGAGCUCUACCAGGAGCAACCCCGCUUGCGGAGCACUGACUACUGGCUCGUCUACAUGGUCCUUGCCAUAGGAGCUACAGCGCAGAGCCGUAGCAACCAAGAUGACUUUUAUCGGAAUGGUCUCGAGUUCGCGUCUCGUGCUCUACCGUAUGCCGACAGGGCACUGGCACCUGGUCACCUCACUCAGAUACAGUCCCUGAUCCUGCUCACUCAGUACUCCAUGCUCGACCCUGCACAUUUUGACAGCUGGCAUCUCAUCGGCAUCACAUGCCGGGUCGUCAUCGAUCUGGGUUACCACCAGGACCCGCCUCCCAAUCAGCAGCUCAACAAGGAGACUCUUGAUAUGAGGCGCAAGCUCUUCUAUAGUGUGUACGCACUUGACAGAGCAAUAAGUCUAGUCCAUGCCCGGCCCUUCUCCUUUACCGACGACUCGGUCAAUGUCGACCUGCCUUCCAUGGCAGGCCUGGGUCGCAUCCCCUCCAUAUCUGGCACCAUCACGGGGCCACGGUCAGAAAACCCUGCCGUUCUGUGGUUCCAGCUGCACCCUCUCCAAGAUCCCGCAGGGUACAUCUGGCAGAUGUGCUUUGAGAUGCGUGAAUGGUCCGAGUCUUUGCCCAAGACAUUGCCCGUUGCCAUUCGCGAGUUGUUCGACCUCGAGCUCAAAUAUAGCUACGUCUACUGCAUCGCCCCCAGCGGCAGGGCGCCUCACAUGACUGCCUACGGCCGGAUGCUCAUCUUCGAAUAUGCCAUCUCGUAUGUCGACCGCGUCUUCGAGCUCGCCCACGGCCCCUUCAACGCGGCUUUCUAUACGUACCACGAUGCCCUGCGCGUGUACUUCAUGGGCAGCCAGUUCGUCGCUGUUCUGCGCGACGCCGCGGAUGCGCUGCUCGCGGGAUCGUCAGUACCUGUGCCACUGGCUCUGCCGGGCAGGGCGCCGCCGCCCCCGAUGCCCCCGCGCAGCGGCGGAGAUAACCUGGACCGAAGCCUGGGAUGUAUCGAGAAGGCCAAGAUGACGCUGAAGAAGUACGGCGAGAGGUGGACCAACGCCAACAUGCUGUCCAAGAGCUUCGACAUGAUGAGCGGCGAGGUACUUGCUUCUCUGCAAUCCAAAAAGAUGAUGAGAGAGGCCGCUCAACAGCAGCAACAGCAGCAGCAGAUGCAAUACAUGUCUAAUUCUAUCAUGCCUAGUCCUCUUCAACCUGUUCAGCAGUCACAGGGCCCGGUUCAGGAGGUGCAGUGGGCGGAUGUGGAUAUUCAGAGGAUCAUUAGAGGGGAAGGCAUGUGA